AUGAUUCUCGCUUCGGGUGCGAGAGGUCCCGGGUUCAAUUCCCGGUUCGGCCCAAUUUUAGAUGUGCUGGUGCAUCCCAUAAACAUUAGUAGUAUGUUUUCGCUGUGGGGCGGAUCCGAAAAGCGUAAAAGCGUAUUUAAUGUGGCCGAAUGGUCUAGGGGUAUGAUUCUCGCUUCGGGUGCGAGAGGUCCCGGGUUCAAUUCCCGGUUCGGCCCAGCAUUUUAUGUUCUGCACUCCAUGUACCCAUCAGUGGCUAGCUAUUAUGAUGGGGCCCCAGUAAAAAGUGAUAUGUAA